GGCUGGAACCAGGCGGGUCCUGCCGGGGCGCCAAGGCCUCCUGUGCUCGGAGGGGAGAUUACUGGGCACUGUCCCACCUCACUCCCAUCUCUGGGCCCCGAGUCUGCGCAUGGAGAAGCCCCCGGAGAACUCUACCCUGGAGGAGGCUCUGGGGCAAUACCAGCGGAGUCUCCGGGAACAUGUGAACAGAAGCAUUCACCAGCUGAGUUGCGUCCUGAGAGAAGACAAUGCCGCUGUUAGAGACGAUGCACUAGAGCCUUCUUUUAGCGCCGAAGGAGGAAACGAGGACACUGGGACUGCCUGGCACAAGCUACAGCACAGCCAUGCCGUUAAUCAACUCAUGGCCUUGUUACACCAACAAGCAGCUGAGGAAAGUGAGGUAUCUCCAUCAAGAAGACGAAAAAUGUCCUCUUUGAUGUCAUUAGAAUAUGAGGAAACCAGUAUGCCUACUGUUCAUAAUCUUGUCCCUAUCAUCAAUGAUCAGUCUCAAUACAUUCAUCAUUUGGAGGCAGAAGUCAAGUUCUGCAAGGAGGAACUUUCUGGAAUGAAAAAUAGGGUACAGGUAGUUGUGCUUGACAAUGAGCGGCUCCAACAAGAGUUGAAAGCUCGAGGACAAGAGGAAGCGAUGAGGGAACAAACUCUUCUGGAUGCGUCUGGAAACAUGCAGAAUUCUUGGAUGACAAGAGGUGAGGAUUCUGGAGUUCAGGAAGCUGUUAAAUCAUUUUCCCACGGCGAUGCAGACAUGAUCAAGAUCUCCUCUGCUGGUGAGGCUGAGAAAUGGAAGCUAGAACUGGAGAAGCUGAAACUUACUUAUGAGCAAAAGUGUGAAAUCCUGGAAUCUCAAUUAAGGGUUUUGAGGAAAAAUUUAGCCGAAUGUCAGAAAAAUUGUGAAGAUCUUAAAGAGCGACUAAAGCACAAAGAGUCUGUCCUUGCUGCCCAGGUUUCUAACCCUAACCGAGUCGGUGGUCUUUGUGUGAAGUGCGCUCAGCACGAAGCUGUUCUUUCCCAGACGCACAGCAAUGUCCACAUGCAGACCAUAGAGCGGCUGACUAAGGAGAGAGAUGACCUCAUGUCCGCGCUGGUGGCCGCGAGGAGCAGCUUGGCGGACGUGCAGCUGAGGGAGGCGGGCGCCUACGAGCAGGUGAAGUGUGCCUUGCAGAUGACGGAGGAGGCCAAUCUCGAGAAAACCAAGGCUCUAAUCCAGUGUGAGCAGCUGAGGAGUGAACUGGAGAGGCAGGCGGAGCGGCUGGAGAAGGAGCUGGCCACUCAGCAGGAGAAGAGGGCCUGCGACAAAGAGAUGAUGAAGAAGGAGCUGACGCAGGAGCGGGAGGACUCGGGAUCCAAGAUGUUGGCUAUGUCUCAGAACAUUGCCCGCCUGGAGGCCCAGUUGGAAAAGGCUACAAGGGAGAAGGUUUCAGCUGUGAACCAACUAGAAGAAAUUCAAAACCAGCUUGCUUCCCGGGAAAUGGAUGCCACAAAGGUGUGUGGGGAAAUGCGCUAUCAAUUGAAUAAAACCAAAAUGGAGAAGGAUGAGGCAGAAAAGGAGCUCAGAGAGUACAGAGCCAAAACUAAAAGGGACCUUGACCUGAAAGACGAGGAAAUAGAGAGACUGACGCUGGAGCUGAGGGAGAGCAGGCAGCACGUGGAGCGAGAGCAGCAGAAGGCGGCGGGGGCCGGAGAGGAGCUCCUGACACUGACAGAGCGGCUGGGCGAGGCCGAGCGCCAGCUGCACCGCACCAGGCUGGAAAAAGAGAGCAUUCAGCAGAGCUUCAGCAGCGAAGCGAAGGCCCAAGCCCUUCAGGCCGAGCAGAGGGAGCAGGAGCUGACACAGAAGAUGCAGCAAAUGGAGGCCCAGCAUGACAGGACCGAAAGUGAACAGUAUUCAUUGCUGACCUCCCAGAAUGCAUUUUUGACAAAGUUGAAGGAAGAGUGCUGUACGUUAGCCAAGAAAGUGGAACAAAUCUCUCAGAAGAGCAGAUCUGCAAUAGCCCAGCUCAGUCAAGAGAAAAAAUACGCGUACGACAAACUGAAAAAGUUACAGGAAAGAAACGAUGAGUUGGAGGAGCAGUGUGUCCAACACGGGAGACUCCAUGACAUCAUGAAGCAAAGGCUGCAGCAGCUGGGCCAGCACAGCCAGGCCACCGCCCAGCAACUGGUGCAGCUGCUCAGCCAGCAGAACGAGCUCCUGCAAGAGAGGCAGAGCCUGUCGGAGGAGGUGGAGCGGCUGAGAGCCCAGUUACCCAGCAUGCCACAAUCCGAUUGCUGACCUGGAUGAAACAGUGAAAUCAAUGAUUUACAAAGAGUAUUUACAUUCAUCUGGUUCGCACGGAACGUGCCACAAUGCACUGUGGCUUCCCGGGGCCCCGCCUCCGGCCGCGGGCUGCGUCCUCACCGCCUCCGGGCGGCCCCCGCGGAUGGACGGGCUGGAGCCGGCGCUGACGGGUGCACCCUCCUGGCGUGGGUUUCUGGAAAUGGCUUCGAGUUACUGUACUUGGAAAUCUGCUCAUCUGUAUGCUACGUAGGUCACACAUAUGGAUUUCAAUAAACGAACUUCUGAAAGA